AUGGAAAAGACAGAAGACGCCUUAGGCACUGCGGACUUGACCCCAGAGUCGCAGAGGCUGCUCGAGCUCAAAGAAACAUACGGAGCCACCUGGGACGGACCCAGCGACCCCCGCGAUCCCUACAACUGGAAGCCAUGGCGCAAGGUCUCCAUCACACUGCUCAUCUCGUGUGGCCAGCUGGUGACGCUCAUGACGGCCAGCAUGAUCGCGGCCGCCCUCAACAAGAUCGCAGCCGACCUGGGCAUGAGCACGUCGCAGGCCCAGAUCGCCUUCUCCAUCUACUUCCUCGGCAUGGCCUUUGCGCCCUUCUUCAUCGCCGCCGUGUCGGAGAUGUAUGGGCGCAGGCCGGUCUGGCUGAUCAGCAAUAUGUACUUUGUCUUGUGGAACACACUCUGUCCUGUAGGUCGCAACAAGGUCUUGAUGAUCCUCGGGAGGUUCAUGGCUGCUGCAGGGGCCAGCUGCGGCGUGUGUCUGACAGGCCCAAUUCUCACGGACAUGUAUCGACCCGACAUGCGCGGCCGCUCCCUUGCCCUCGCCAGCCUCCUCCCCUACCUCGGGCCCGCCGUCGGCCCCAUCAUAGGCGGCGUUGCGACCCAGCACCUCGACUGGCCGUGGCUCUUCUACAUCAUCUCCCUCUUCUCAGCAGCCAUCGUGCUCGCCGGCUUCUUUCUGCUCCCCGAGAGCCACACGCCGAUCCUCUUAGGCCGUCUAGCCAGAGCAGAGACCACGGCCGCCGCCACAGCCGGCGCUGCCGCCGACCCACAGCAGGGAAGGGCUCUUCACAACAGUAACAGCAACAACGGCGGCAGCAGCUUCUUCUCUCGCCUAGCCACGAGCGUGCGCCGACCCGUGUGGCUCCUCCUCCGCCGGCCCGUGAUGCAGCUCAUCGCCCUCAACAUGGGUCUCAACUUCGCCAUGUACUGCGUCAUGAUCACGACCUUGGCAAGCAUCUUCAUGGCCCGGUACCACGAGUCCGAGACGGUCAGCAGCCUGAACUACAUCGCCAUCGCGGUCGGCACCACCAUUGAGGCCCAGGCGGGCGGACACAUCAUGGACUGGAUCUGGCGGCGCCUCACCGCACGACAACAUGGAGGAGGAGAGGGCAAGGGCAAACCCGAGUUCCGCCUGCCCUUCAUCGCGCCAGGCGUCAUCACAGCGGCCGAAGCCCACUGGGCUCUGGUCGACGCUGGCGUCACGGUUUUUGUCAUGGGCUGCUUUGCCUACUCGGCCGGUUUUCUCGCCUACACCUUUGACGAGUUCGAGCACGCCGCGUCCGCCAGCGCCGCGUGUAGGGUGUACAUGUACAUCCUCGGCUUUGCAUGUCCUAUUUUUGCGCCCAUCCUGUAUGAUCGUCUGGGGUAUGGAUGGGGCAAUACGCUUCUGGCGUUGGUGUUGCUGCUCGUGGGAGGGCCGUCUGUCCUGCUUCUGUGGCUUAGAGGGGAGAAAGUGAGAGCCCUGGGUAGAAGAAGUUGA